UUCUGCAUUCGGAGGGUCAAAGCAAACGUUCCAUCGCUCUCUUCUUCUGUCCUUCCGCGCCAUCCCGUCUUCUUCCAUUUUCGUGUGUGAAGAACUCUCGGCGGCCUCAGAAUCGGAACUGUUCCUGUAACCUCAAGACAACACAUUCUCAACAUGCAGAACAACGCGAAUGCCCAUGCGCCGGCCCGAUUUGCCCGACGCCUCCGCGUUGUCACUGAGCCCCGCCGCAACAACAGCAACAAGAUGCUGCGCACCCGCACCCUCAGCGAACUAGUCUUUAUGUCACCACGCAAUAGCCCGCGUGUCACGCCGCGCAACGCGCGCUUCGACAUGGACAUUGAAGUGAGCUCGUCGUUUGCCGAAGGCGAUGGCACGGUUGACCUCCUCUCGUCCAACCUCAUGUACACCGCUGCACCACCGGCCUCGUCCCCGGAGCAAUCCUUGAUCGUCGUUGAGGACAGCGAAUCCCCCGACGAGAUGUUUUCUGAUCACCAUGGUCAAUCGUCGUUGCUGGAAGGUUUGGACGAACAAGUGUUCAGCGACCGCAUGUCUGUCGACGACGAAGAGGAGGUUGAAGAGAAUAACGUCGAUGAUGAAGCAAGUCCAGUCGUGGACAUGCCGCUCCAGUCGGCCACUCUCGAGGACAACCAGGACGAGAUUCGCCAAGGACGUCCGACUGGAGUGUCCGAGGUUGUGGACAUGCUCUUUGAAAUCCACACCGCACUCAAGUCUCGGCACAUGGGCCAACGCACCGCCGCAUCUGCUUUAGCCGCGUCCAACCUUGUGUCGUCCGUGGCGUUCCCUGCCAACCCGAUGCCACGUGACGAGCAGCUCGAAGUGCUCGAGAACACCCGCAAGAUGCUCGAGUGUGCCAUCUGCCAGGAGAUUUUCACUGGCGCGACCGAAGCAACGUGCUGCGGUCAAAUCUUUUGCAAAUUAUGCAUUGAGCGGUGGGUGAGCGAACGCAGCUCGUGCCCCAUGUGCCGCGACGAACUCAACUUUGCACAACUGACGGCUUCUCGUCAUUGCCAGCGCAUGGCCAACGAAAUGACGGUAUCCUGUCCGUACUGUUCGGAAUCGAUGAAGAAGGCAGUGCUGGAAGACCACAUGGAUUGCUGUGCGGAAGCGCCACUGGAGCCUCCUCCGCCUGCGGAUGUCGCCCUUCGCAGCCAACUGUUAGCCGCGGCUCGCCUGACGACGCAAAUGAUGACUCGGUUCCUUGUGUCCCCGGCGCCUCCCGAAGCCCUCAUCACUCAGUGCUACAUUCGCACUCGCGGAAGCGGCAAUUACGAACUUUACACCCAAGACACAGACGUGCUUCUCUGCACCGCCGUGCGCCGGCGACAGCUCGACAUGAGCGUGACCUUUUCGAUCUACGCGUCAAGCGCCGCUGACGCCACGAUUGGCCGCCUUGAGCGCAACUUUGUUGGGUCGCAGUACACCGUCUUCAACACGAUCGACGAGCAAAACACCGAGUUUGGCGCCGUCCAGUACGCUGCCACGUUUGGCAAAACUCCUCGCCAGAUGCGAGUGGCUCUCCCCACCGUCUCCCGUCGUGCGUUGACCGCUCCGUCGGACGAACUCAACAACUGGCAAGUUGACCAGUACGUGCCUUCGUCUCGCGACGACUCCAUGCUUGCCCAGAUUGAUCGGCCUGACGGCCGCCGCGCCAUCAACCUCAUCAACAAGCCCCCUGUUUGGAUCGAGUCCCUCGAAGCGUACUGCUUGGACUUUGGAGGACGCGUUGCUGCGGCAUCGGUCAAAAACUUUUUGUUGUCUCACCCGGAUGACAUGGACAAGACCAUGAUGCUGUUUGGCCGCACAUCCGACCGACAAGUGUACUCGAUGGACUAUCGCCACCCGUUCUCGCCCGUCCAGGCCUUUGCGAUUGCCCUCAGCUCCAUGGACUCGCAUCUGGUGACGUUUGAUUAAGUUAAGUUGCGUGAACGGUGGCAAGCUGCAUUUCGAUUUUGGUAGACGGGCGUUCGAGAAGUAUUUUUAUCUAACAAGUUGUAUGUACACUAGUACCUUACGACGACGAGUCGUACUCUUCGUCUUCAGCACCAUAGAUAUCCUCGUAAGUGAACCCCCGAGGCACACCGCGCCCAGCAUCCGACUGCUCCAUCACGAUUCCUCGUGCUUGACGUUGGGACUCGGAGUCGCCGUACCGUUCCAACGUUAGGCCCUUACCAGCUAGACCUCGCCGGAGGUCGCGUUGCGUUCCUCGGGUUUCAGGCAUCUCGCGUUUGUGUGUUUGGAAGUCACGAAGGGCUUUUUGAGCUCGUUCAGUCUUUUGUUCAUUCCGAAGCCUCUCGCCAGCCGCCUUUUGGCGCUCCUUGUCGCGUUCUUCACGACGGGUUGUCUUGGGUGGCCCCUUCCGAGGCAUAUACGAUUGGCGGUUCCGUGCAAUUUCCACCGUUCAAAAUAAGUUCCUAUACUCAAUUUAUUCGUCUCGUAUUUUCGACCAA